AAUGAAAAUAAGCGUGUAAGAAUAUAAAAAGGAAACCCGGGCAGAAAACUCGGAGAUGGGGUCAAACAAGAGAAAGUGUUGUAGUUUCGUUGUUUUCACUUCAAAGCCAUUGAGAACAACAAUUUCCAUGGAUUUGUUUGAGUUUUCAGCAAAGCUGUAAGAAAUUUAAAUAAAGUUUGAUUUACUUGUUGCGGGCAAUUUUUUAUUUUUGCUGUUAAAACUAUACUGAGCUUGUGGGAUUUGCUUAUCUGGGUGGUGUUUUGUGUUGGUAUGUAAAGAGGGUUCUGUAAAAGCAAGAAAGAUAACCCAUUAUAGAGAAAUUUGAGGGGAAUCAUUUUCUGGUGAGCCUCUUGUUGGCUUUAUCGGUUUGAGGGUAGAAUCUUUAGGAUUAUCAACUAUGAGAAUGAUUUUGCUAUCUUUUUGUCAAACUUUUUUCAUGGAUUCAUGGGAUUCAAGAUUAAAAAGUAAAAGAGAUUGCUUUUUUGGUAUUGGAAUACUGAUGAGUUUCAAUCUUCUUUAACUUUCUUCACGAUUCCUGGUCCAGAAGAUUCUAGGUGACAAAGAGUGGUUAAGUUAAUUUGGUUUAUUGUCUUCGAUUAUGGUUUACUGUUAGAAAGGCUUAGUUUUUCUGUUGACCGAACAAACUUGGGGAUUUUGGAGGAUUUAAAUGCUGUUACACGGGUUUUGAACCAUUUAUUUGCUUAGAUUGGUUUGAGUCAAGAAGCCAGUGAGGAGAAAGAAGGGGAGAAGGGUUGAGGAGGAGGGAAGGAGGGUGGAGACAUGUCUUCAAAGUCAACAAACAAGAGUAAUUCUUCUAGAAAUUCUAAGAGCAGUUCUGCUCGAUUGAAACAAAAUGCUCGUGUUGGUGCACAGACCUCAAUUGAUGCAAAGCUAGAUGUAGACUUUGAAGAAUCUGAGCGUGUAUUUGAUUAUUCUACUUCCAUUGAUUUCAACCUCUCAAGUUCAACAAGCAAAGUUCCCUCUUCCACUGUGUCAGCUUACCUCCAAAAGGUGCAGAGAGGCAGGCUAAUUCAACCCUUCGGUUGCAUGAUUGCAGUGGAUGAGCAGAAUUUCACAGUUAUAGCCUAUAGUGAAAAUGCCCCAGAGAUGUUGGACUUGGCACCACAUGCAGUUCCAAAUAUUGAGCAGUUGGAAGCUCUGACAUUUGGAACCGAUGUUCGAACUCUCUUUAAAGCCCCAGGUGGUGCUGCCUUGCAAAAAGCUGCCAAUUUUGGGGAAGUUAAUCUUCUCAACCCGAUACUGGUUCAUUGUAAAACCUCAGGGAAGCCUUUUUAUGCAAUUCUGCAUAGAAUUGAUGUGGGUUUAGUUAUAGAUUUGGAGCCAGUGAAUCCAGCUGAUGUGCCAGUGACAGCUGCUGGGGCAUUGAAGUCAUAUAAGCUUGCUGCCAAAGCCAUCUCAAGAUUGCAGUCUUUGCCUAGUGGGAACAUAUCAUUGUUAUGUGAUGUUUUAGUCAAGGAAGUAAGUGAUUUGACAGGUUACGAUCGGGUCAUGGUUUAUAAAUUUCAUGAAGAUGAGCAUGGGGAAGUUGUUGCUGAGUGCUGCAGACCUGACUUAGAGCCAUAUCUUGGCUUGCAUUACCCGGCUACUGAUAUUCCUCAAGCUUCCAGAUUCCUCAUUAUGAAAAACAAGGUUAGAAUGAUAUGUGAUUGUUUGUCCCCACCAGUUAAGGUAAUUCAAGACAAGAGAUUGGAUCAGCCAUUAAGUCUUUGUGGUUCCACAAUGAGAGCACCUCAUGGGUGUCAUGCCCAGUAUAUGGAAAAUAUGGGUUCGAUUGCAUCUCUUGUGAUGUCUGUGACAAUCAACGAGGAAGAUGAUGAGCUAGAUGAUGAUCAGCAGCAACGAAGAAAAUUGUGGGGCUUAGUGGUUUGCCAUCACACUAGCCCAAGGUUUGUUCCAUUUCCUUUGAGGUAUGCUUGUGAGUUCUUAAUUCAAGUCUUUGGUGUACAGAUCAACAAGGAAGUAGAAUUGGCUGCUCAACUCAAGGAGAAGCAUAUUCUGCGAACUCAAACUGUGCUCUGUGACAUGCUCCUUAGAGAUUCUCCUGUAGGAAUUGUGACACAAUCACCUAAUGUGAUGGAUCUUGUUAAGUGUGAUGGUGCUGCACUUUACUAUGGAAAGAAACUUUGGCUGCUUGGGGUUACCCCUACGGAGGCACAAAUUAAAGAUCUUGCACAAUGGCUUCUUGAAUACCACAGAGGGAGUACAGGGUUAAGUACUGAUAGCCUUAUGGAGGCUGGUUACCCAGGUGCUUCAGUUCUUGGUGAUGCAGUUUGUGGUAUGGCUGCUGUUAAUAUUACUUCCAGAGAUUUCCUUUUCUGGUUUCGGUCUCAGACAGCAAAAGAGAUCAAGUGGGGUGGUGCAAAACAUGAUCCAGGUAGUGAGGACGAUGGAAGAAAAAUGCACCCCAGAUCAUCAUUCAAGGCUUUCAUGGAGGUUGUUAAGCAACGGAGUUUACCUUGGGAAGAUGUGGAGAUGGAUGCCAUACAUUCCCUCCAGCUGAUAUUAAGAGGAUCUUUGCAAGAUGAAGUUGUGGAGGAUUCCAAAAUAAUUGUGAAUAUUCCAUCUGUUGAUGAUAGGAUUCAGAGGGUGGAUGAACUGCAAAUCAUCACCAGUGAAAUGGUUCGCCUAAUUGAGACAGCUGCUGUCCCCAUCUUUGCAGUUGAUGUAUCUGGUAGUGUAAAUGGGUGGAAUUCCAAAGCAGCUGAACUAACUGGUCUUACUGUUGAGCAAGCAAUUGGCACACCUUUGGUUGAUCUUGUUGAUGGUGAUUCAAUUGCCAUGGUUAAGAAUGUGCUGUCAUUAGCUUUGCUAGGUAAAGAAGAAAGAAAUGUGGAAAUCAAGCUUAAGACAUUUGGUCCUCGGGAAAACAGUGGUCCAGUCAUUUUGGUAGUCAAUGCUUGUUGUAGCCAAUAUAAAAAGGAAAAUGUUGUUGGUAUUUGCUUUGUUGGGCAAGAUGUUACAGGCCAAAAGUUGGUUAUGGACAAAUAUACCCAAAUGCAAGGUGAUUACGUAGGAAUUGUGCGGAGCCCAUCUGCUCUUAUUCCUCCAAUUUUUAUGACCGACGAGCAUGGUCGGUGCUUGGAGUGGAAUGAUGCAAUGGAAAAAUUAUCUGGUUUGAAGAGGGAAGAAGCUAUUGAACGGAUGCUUCUAGGGGAAGUUUUUACAGUCACCAAUUUUGGUUGUCGGGUCAAAAAUCAUGACACCUUGACCAAGAUCAGGAUAAUAAUGAAUAGGGUAAUUGCUGGCCAUGAGGCAGACAAAUUGUUGUUUGGGUUUUUUGAUCAGCAGGGUAAAUAUGUUGAAGCAUUGCUGUCUUCGAACAAAAGAACUAAUGCAGAGGGAAAGAUUACUGGGGUUUUGUGCUUUUUACAUGUGGCUAGUCCAGAACUUCAAUAUGCUCUGCAGGUCCAAAGGAUAUCAGAGCAGGCUGCAGCCAAUAGCCUCAAUAAGCUGGCAUAUAUUCGUCAGGAAAUUAGAAAGCCUCUGAGUGGGAUAGUUUUUGUUCAGAAUCUAAUGGAUUCUUCUAAUUUAAGCAAAGAACAAAUGCAGCUUCUGAAGACAAAUGUGAUGUGUCAGGAACAGUUAACCAAGAUAGUUGAGGACACUGACAUCGAAAGUAUUGAGGAAUGCUAUAUGGAAAUGAAAUCCAGUGAAUUUAACCUUGGUGAAGCUCUUGAAGUAGUCAUGACCCAAGUUAUGAUACCAAGCCAAGAACACCAAGUGCAAAUUGUCCGUAAUCUACCUGCUGAACUGUCAUCCAUGAACUUAUAUGGAGAUAAAUUGAGACUUCAGCAAGUCCUUUCAGAUUUUUUGUCUAAUACACUCAUCUUCACCCCAGCAUUUGAAGGAUCUUCAAUUGUAUUCAGUGUAGUUCCGCGAAAGGAACGUAUAGGGACUAAUAUACACAUUGUUCAUCUUGAAUUUCGGAUCGCCCAUCCCGCGCCUGGAAUCCCAGAGAAGUUAAUUCAUGAGAUGUUUUACCACAGCCAGAAUGUCUCAAGGGAAGGUCUUGGCCUAUACAUCUGCCAGAAGCUUGUUAAAAUAAUGAAUGGAACUGUACAGUAUGUUAGAGAGGCAGAAAGAUCAACCUUCAUAAUUCUUGUUGAAUUUCCAUUGGCUAACCAAACUGAUGUUGACAGAACUCAAUGACCUAGAGAACUUGAUGAGCUAAAUAAUUUUUACAGUCAUAGCUGAAGUCAAGAUUGUGGCUGGAUGGUUCUGGAGAUUGUGAUGCUCAGCUAGGCAAAGUGAAUCAUCAGUGUGAAGUUUCCUGGAAAUAAGAAAUGGAAUAUGUUCAGUUGGAAAAUCUUGACAAAAUCCAGCCCAGAUAGAAACUUCACUCUUCUGUAACAUUAAAUUUCCAGUUAUUCCUCAGUGAGAAAAUAUUCAGCCUGUUGAGCAUUUUACAUCUCUCUUUUGUAACCUCAACUCUUCAUAACAUCAAUUCUCCUUGGUCUGGAAGUGUUGCAACAUCGCAGACUGUACAGUGAAACCUAUGUGAUGAUUAAAAAAGAAAAAGAAAACUUGCCAAGACAUGUUUUGCAGCCAUGGAAAGGGUACAAUUCCUGAAAAUAGAUGAGGUGGUCAUGGUGUAAAUUUUCAGUAUAUUAAUGUCGUAAAUCUACAUUAAAUCAAUCCUAUUUCUGAAUGCCCUCCUUUGUGGUUUUUAUAUCA